GUUUGAUGCUGGUAAACCCAGUUGACUCGGUCAGAGCUAUUUACUCACAGUUGGUGAAUAUGAAGUGAAUCAACGAAGAGGUGUAUCGCCAGUUCGUAUUAAGAUUCAAUAGUGGUGUAUUUUGUCUUAUGUCAUUGUUGUUUCGAAGAGAUGAAGAUCAAAUUUUACAAACACCUGAAAUUUAUCAGCAUUUCAAAAGAAAAGAUGCAACUUAGCGACGAACAGCUCAAGGAAUUCAAAGAGGCAUUCUCUUUGUUUGAUGCCAAAGGCAAUGGAUCAAUUUCAGAACAAGAUCUCGGCGUUGUUAUGAGAAGUCUAGGACAGAACCCAACGGAAAAAGAAAUUGAAACGAUGAUCAAGGAAGUAGAUGUGGACGGAAAUGGCGAAGUAGAUUUUUCAGAAUUCGUUCAAAUGAUGAAAACCCAAAUGAAAAAUAGAGACGCUAAUAGAGAACUAAUGGAGGCCUUCCAAGUUUUUGAUUGCAACAGAAAUGGCAGAAUAAGUCCAACAGAGUUGAAAGAUACAAUGAAGAAUUUAGGACAAGAACUAACAGAAGAGCAAUUGAAACUAAUGAUUCUAGAAGCUGACUACAAUGGAGAUGGCGUGAUAGAUUUUGAAGAAUUCAAGAAGCUCGUCACCACCCUUGAUAAAGCCAUAGAUGCUCCUGCACGAGUUUUGGUAAACAACAAUUGAUCAACAGGCACAUAUAUGUACAAUUCAUAAAUCUAAUGUUUUGAGAUGCGCUAUUGUUCAACAAACUACUGUGCAGUUGUCAAAGAGAAUUUUGCAACAAAUAAUUUGAAGAGGACACUAUUGUAGCUUUAAAGAGCACCGUUUCAUAAUACGGCGACCAACCUCCGAGGCAAAAAUUUAUUUUACAUAUUUGCAGACAAUAUGAAUUGUUUUGCCAACAGUUCAAACGAUGAAAAAUGUAAAAGAUGGCCUUUAAUUGUUUUAAAAAUAUAUUUAAAGAAGUACGGAUUAAAGUUUUUAGCAGCCGCAGGAUAAAUUUAUUUAAUAAAUUUGUAACCCCUCCAAAUAACAAAGAUUAGUAAUAUUAUGAUGUAAUCACUGUAAUGUUAUGUUAGAAAUACCAGUACUUUGUUUUGAUAAAAUUGGUUGGCCUUACUUUAGUUUUAUGAUCACCUGGACAGAUUCAAACUUCUUUUAACUAAAGACCAAUACUGAAGCUAGAUUUGGUCAAUUUUAAACGCUGUCCUUUUUACAGCAAAGGCAAUACGUGGCUUUCUGUUUACUAGAUGUAUCUUUUUCUCGUUUAAUAUUUAUUUCAUGCCCAAAAGUAGAUUUUCUGACAUCCAAGUGAAAGGAAAUUGAUGUCCCGAUAAAAACUUGUUCAUGCUAGGGUCAACUAUUGUAGGUGAGUGAAGAUGUAUCUGUAAAUAGGACAGGCAACAUAAUUUGUAGAUAAGGAUUUGACAACAAAGUUGUAAAAAUGUUAUGAAAUAAGAUCAUGGUUAA